AGGGGGUGCAUGUGUACCCCGUGCACCCCCAAUGUAUCGCCACUGCCUUAGUAAGCUGGUCUGUAAGGUGGCCUGUUUACUUUUCCUUGGUCCUGAAAGGUUCAUUUUUCCCUGCUUCCUCUCACCAAGCUUGAAGGCUGUCUGUCAAAGAGUUGGGGUGGGGGGCAAACUGACUUGUGAACUGCCUUCCCCUGUUCGCUUGCCCCAUAUGAUAUCAUAUUAUAUAAAACCAUACAUAGAUAUUCACAAACAGGAAUGUUAAAUGCAUGCAAUUGUUAACAAUGCACACACAGUCUCUUUCAUGUGAGGUUUUCUAAGUGCUAUACAAGCAAUUAAUUAAUUAACACAACCCCCCUGUGAGGUAAGUGGUUGGUAAUUUAUUUUACUAAUGGAGAAAUGCACACUGAGAGGUUAAGUGAUUUUUGCCCACAGUUACAAAAUUGGUCAACAUCAGAGAGAGGUCUCAGUUCUUGUUUUAAGUACUAUACAAAAUCACUUACAAUUAAAAGUUAGUUUACAAGUAUGUUUCCUAUGAAAAUAAUCAUCUUGCCUGGCUUACAAGAAGAAAAGAAAAAAGUAGAAUAGACAAUUAUUGUCCUGAUUGACUAGUACAAAAAAUGAGUGAACCUUAAAUGUCAAAUAUACAGCAAAAGUUAAAGAUGUUCAUUUGACUUUUUGUUGAUGCCAAAUGAAAGAGAUUAACAUAAGGAAUUUUAAUUGAAUGCACAAUUUCUUCUUUUCUGUUGCUUUCUUAUUAGUUUGAUUUGUUUUAUUUAUUUAUUUUCUUGGAAGGUAUGCUAAUCAUCUAAAGUGUUUUGUCACCUAUUUUAUAUGAGGCAUUGAUACCUUUGAUUACAUUUUUCACAGGUUUUGAAGCUGUCUUAAUUUGUAUUUGAUUGAUACUAAUCAGUUACAGUUAAAUCAGAUGCUUUCUAAUUUUUCAUUCUCAUUCUACACUCAGUCUUUUUUGUUUCCUUCCUGGACAGCAGAGGGACUGUUUUUUCAGAUUAGCUGUGCUAAGAAUGUCAUCAAAGUCUUUUUGUGACUAAUGCUGUGAUGUAAUAAGAGUUAUGAAAAGUAGUUUCUGAAGCAGAGUAAGUAAGCUGUUUAAUCCUAGCUUAACCUGAAACCAGCUAUGAAGUAUCCUCUGGUUCCUUUGGUAAAUGAUUUGACAUUUCAUGUGCUUUUCUUUUGGUUUUGUUUGCCAUUUGGGUUACUGCUGAUCUUACUGAUUAUCUGGCUGCAGCAUUUACUCAAUGAAGCCCAGUUACCCCAUAUCAAAGUAAUAAGGGAGCCUUCCUCUGAUCAGUCUGAUGGGAAUGCUGACCCUGAAUUUGAGAAUGAAGCUGCAAGAGAGAGAGGCUGGAGACAGAUGCCUAAUACCAAAUUCCCAAAGGAUAUACAGUCAAGUGCACCUGUGGGGCAACGAAUGCCCAAGUCUGCUUUUCAGAGUCCAAAACUGAAAAGCCUUUUUGCUGCAAUCUCAGACGGUCUGUUUUGGGGGCAGGGAAUGAGACCAUGUUGCUAUGAGAAGAAUGCCCUGUAUUUUGCUGUGACGCUACUCUGCUCUCUGCUGCUGUCUCUCAUCUGGAAUGUUGGCUGCCAAUUGCUUGAGAGUGCUAAUAUCCUGAAGAGUCAGCUGCUGCCACUAUGUUUGGAUAUCUACACAGCUCAGCCUUUUGUCCUGCUGAAUGAAAGAGUUGUGAAAAUCUGGGAUUAUCUGAAAUGAGAAAUCGGAGCUAUCUGUUUCUGUCGCUGAGGGAUGUAAAAGGACUGCAACAUAUUGAUAAACCAUGCCCGUUGUUCAUCUGAAAGGAGAAUGACCAUGGUGUGCAAAUAAAGCAAGUGGUAUUGUUGCCAUGAAAAAUAACCUGCUCAGUUCAGUGUCUUUGAGCUGUCACGAUGGAAUAAAGGUUUCAGAAUUUAUCAGUUUUGCUUGUUGGUUUCCUU